AACUUCCAUUUCUUAACAACCUCUGCUGCAUAUAGAAAACAAUACAACAGUUGUUUACGUUGUUCGUUAUUGUUUAGCUCGAGCCGAAGAAUUCCAGGAAGAAAAAAAAUGGAGAAUCCUCUACAGCUGAAGUGCUUGAAUCACGUUUCACUAUCGUGUAGAUCAGUUGAGAAAUCCGUGGAGUUCUAUCAGGAUGUUCUAGGGUUUUUUCCCAUCAAGAGACCCGGUUCCCUUGAUUUCUCUGGUGCAUGGCUGUUCAGCUAUGGCAUUGGUAUCCAUCUUCUCCGAUCAGAAAAUCCUGAAAGCAUGCCUAAGAUUGGACGUAUUAAUCCUAAGAACAAUCAUAUUUCUUUCCAGUGCCAGUGCGAUAGCAUGGCGACACUGGAGAACAUAUUGAAAGAGCUGAAUAUAGAAUACGCAAAGGGUAGUGUAGAAGAAGGUGGAAUCCGAGUCGAUCAACUCUUCUUUCACGAUCCCGACGGUAACAUGAUUGAGCUAUGCAACUGCGACAACCUACCUGUAAUUCCGCUGCCCGUCGCUGCUAACCAGUCAUGUUCUCUGACCAACUGCAACGUUCGUCUAAAGCAACCGCUAGAGUGCAAGUUUCUGGGUACACUGUAUAUUGACACGAGGAAUAAAAAAUUUAUCGACUUGGUUCAAGGUUAUUCAUCGAUAUCUGAGUACAAGGUUGAGUUUGUUCGUCUAAGUGAGUAUGCCCGAGAGAUUAUACUGACUAAGCUUGUGAGGUGUAAAAGGUUUAAGGAUGGUCUGAGGAGAGAGAUUCAUGAAUACUUGGUUACCAUGUCUUCAGAGGUGUUCGAUACUCUGGUAGAUCAGGCAAUGGAUGUCGAGAGUACUUUGGGUGAACCAGACAUGGAGUUCUUUGGAAAGAGGUUCAGUGACACUAGUUUUCAGAGUCGUUUGGCUAAGAGAGGUCACGAAUUAGAUCAAUUUGAUUCUCAUCAGGGCUAG